UACAUAUACCACUUGUGGGCGGGACCGGAAGUAGCUGUACAGCCCAUAGACGCUUUCCAGGAGCUGUCAGAUGAGACGGAUAAAGCUCACUUUAAACACUUAAACUGUUUAAAAACGUGUGUGACUCGAUAUUUUUCAAAGUCAGAGAAUACGCAUUUGUUUGUCGAAGCUACAUUUAGUGAAUUAAAAUCCUCUUAAGUGGUCGUCAUGGGCGAAGUGGAGCUGUCAUGUCGAGCUUUUGUGAAGAUGUACCUUCACUCCUGUUUGUUCCCGAGGUGCAGCAUCAACGGGCUGCUGUUGUCGUCCUCAUCGGCAGGUGGCGCUGUCUGUGUGACAGACUGUGUCCCGCUGCUGCACUCACACCUGUCCCUGGCUCCUAUCACUCAGCUGGCCCUCACACAGGUGGAUGUUUGGUGUUCACAGACUCAGCAGAGGAUAGUGGGGUACUAUCAAGCCAACGCCUGCGUAUCGGACAGUAGCCCGACAUCAUGUGCGAUGAAGAUAGCCGACAAGAUUUCUGAGCAGUUUGACAACGCAGUUUUGUUAAUGCUUGAUGGCAGUAAAAUGUCUCCAGAUUGUCGGGUUCCUCCCAUCGUGAUGUACGAGCGCAAAGAUUCCAGAUGGACACUCAAGGACAAACACACGAUAAUGCUGCGGCAGUGGGAGGAGACCCGGGAGAUAGCCAGCCAGAUGCUGGAGUCGGGUGAUCACACGCUGUUGGUGGAUUUUGACAGCCACUUGAACGACAUAACAAAGGACUGGACCAAUCAGAAACUAAACAACAAGAUAGCAGAGCUGGCCUCACCAGCUAACGGGAGCAUGUAGAGUCUUAAGUAGCAUCAGUUUGUACUAAAUCCAGAUUAAUUUAUGUUCUGACACGACAUCAUCAUCCUGUUUUAUUAAUGAUAACUUUUAUAACCUCGUACAACCACACAGAGUUUAGGAAUAUGUUCACUUUAAUGCAUUGUGUUGACUGAACAUGGACAUACGACAUGCAUAAAUAACAAAAUAUUUACAGUUUAAUAAAUGUCUGUCUUCCACCCCCCACCCCACCUCCCCCACAGUGUGCAUUGUGGCUCAGCCCAACACCCUGUUGAUUUACAUGAAAAUCCACCUUAAACACAAUUUAACACUAUUACAACCCACCUCUUGUA